GGUACCGUUUUGACCUCUAACGAAAAGCCGCGGGAGCUUCGAAUAAAUUCUGAAGAGUAGGCUGAUGUUUUAAUUAUUUUUUUUUUGCGUACUUGAUGAAAAGUAGGUAUAAUUUAUUCAGAUAGUGCCGUCUAACUGAAGAGUAAGAAAAAAGUAUGGAAAUGGCAGCCGGAGAUUUUUGUUGUUCUCACUACGCGACGAUGCAGGCCCAAUGGCGAUUGCGGGAUUGUUUCGGAAGAAUUACAGUGCUUUGCCAAGUUCUGGGGAUUCCAAGUAACGCUGGUGUGUAUCAUCCGGGAUCGGACGAGCUGCUUUUCGACUUCCUGGCAGCGAUAAUAAACCUGGAUCGUUCAUCAGAUGAACGUACCUCACAGCCACAGCUGGCCAGAUUGAUUGGCCGAAUAAAGAAUCCCACAGUCAGAAUAAUUCCACUGGUGUUGGUGACAGAUGAACACAAACCUAUGAUCAAUGUCGAAGAAUCUCUAGUGAUCAAAUCCUUGAAGGCAGAUGGAAAACCGCGAUAUUUGGACAUGAAUGGAAGGUCGUACCCGUCGAUGAACCGGUUCCUGCAUCACAAUCAACUUCCUGAAGGUAUUCUUGUCUACUCCGAGGGAAAAGAGGUGCUUGUAGAGGACGACCGCGGUGGCCUGAAGCUGAAGUUCUUCAGGGUUGGCAAACACGCAUUUUUCGUUGGAAUUGCCGAUGGAAUUGUGGCCGCCCUUAAUUGUAUGGCUUCCGGAGGACUUCUUCUGAUUGGACCACAUCCGGUAUUUGAGCCUGCAUUUCGCUUGACACUCGGCAUCAGCAAUCUCUAUUUGGCGACCCGGGCGACUUCGAUUCUUUUCGAUCUUCUGCGACACGGAGGAAUUCGCACGAUUCAUUUAAAAAUUCUCAACUGUGCUCUCGUAAUCAUAAGCUUGGUUUCGUUAGUGUUUGCCUGUCUUCAACCUGGACCGAACAUUUUCGGCAUGACUCAAACGGCAGGCCGGAUUACCCUGGGACUUUGUCUCUCGACGGUGCUUCUCUGGGUGCUGUUUCAGAAACCGUGAAAUUUGGUGGUCAGGAUCGACCUCUUUGAGAAGAAUCUUUAAUGUAUUUUUGAUUUAUUAAUUUUGACACUGCUUAUUAUGGUAUAGAUGUGUAAACGCGGUGACGUUUUCGAAUAUGAAUUUUAAGUAAGGAACUUUGUAAUAAACUGAAAUGACUAAUCUAAUAUAUAAAGAUGAGUUGGACUAUA